AUGCGGUACUUGCUGGGGAUUGCCGGUGUGAGAUGCGACGUCAUUGCUGGGGACAAUGGCAUAGUUACUCGAGACCAAGAGGGUCACCCAGGCCGAGAAGGCCUACAACAACCCCCCCCUUCCGUCAAAAAUGACCCCUUCAUCGGGCAUGUCACGUAUCUAGUGAGCCUGCUACAAUGGCACUCAACACCGACAACGACAGCGACACUGCUGCAGCAACAGCUGUCACGGCAAUCAGUGAGUCUGCGAACGGCAGCCUACCUCACAGUGAGCCUGCUACAAUGGCCACAACAUAGCGAGCCUGCUACAAGAGGCCUACACUAUGAGGAUUCAACAUCCUCUAUUCGAUUCUACACGGCUGGGCAAGAGCUUGGGGUAUGGAAUGGAACGGAGCGGAACGCUUGGGUGGGCUUGCUUUCCCUCACCAUAUCGCUAGCGAUCCAAUGCUCGCUGCCGCUACCGUUACCGCUACGUUACCGUCGCUACGAAGAUGGAUCGGUAUGCGGUAGCCAUGCGGACAUAGCUAUUUGA